AUGCGAUGCACAAGUAAAGCCUUUCCUCGAAUUGAUGAGUCUCUCGUAACAAAUGGAACUUUUUGUUUUUUUUCUUGUGGAUACUGCAGCAUUCUUCUAAUCGGUAUACACGGCAGCUGUAGCACGCCUUUCCGCUACAAUUCGUUUCUCAUCGUUCACUGCCAUUCUCAAUCACAGAUGAAACAAAAACAAAUUAACAAUAUAAUCGCGGUGUGUACGCUCGCUAUGUCUGAAGACAACAGCCGUAUUCUAGAAAUUUCAAUACCAACGCACAAAAAGCUCAACAACAUCACGCAUUACGAAGUACUGUGCAUUACCAAUUUACAAGAGUACAAGAAAUGCUAUUCGCGUGUUUUUCGCCGCUAUAAACAGUUCAGACACCUUUACAAAGUUCUAAAUGGAAAGAUCGUUCAACCAGAGUUUCCCAAGAAAAGGUUUUUUAAUUACAAAGAAGAGGUAAUAAAGGAGAGGAUGGCAAUGUUCAGCGUGUGGCUGAGAUACAUUGCUAAGCUGGUAGAUGACAACAAUUGUUAUGGCGAUGAAUGGGCAAAAGAGGUGCUGCGUUUUCUUCAGGAUGAUAAGUAUCCUGGUUAUAACUAGGAAUUGGUAUUGAGCGCUUAGCCGGUAAAAAGUCAUUUCCUAGGUUGCUUUCGUGAAUGAGCAUGAAGUACUUCUGUGUUCCAUGGUGCCGAUAGAUGCUUUAGCAGGCGACUUGGAGUAAAAUCAAUUUCUGUUUCGAAAAUGUGGCAUAGUGGAAUGCGAGUUGAAUCCAUU